AUGGCGCACGUUUCAAUUAACAAUUUCUUUAGUUUGGCUAUGACGAUUUGCCUAGCAAUGUCGAUAGCCAUGGCUCCACCUCGUGCACAGGGAGCCAUCACGUGCGAUUUUGUACUGAGAAGCUUGUCACCGUGCCUCGGGUAUCUCAGACGGGGUGGGUCCGUGCCGCCAGCCUGUUGUGCUGGCGGCAGGUCCCUAUUCAAUGCUGUUGCCACCACCCCUGACCUGCAAGCGGGUUGUAGGUGCGUCAAGAUCCUCGUCCCUAAUGUCGGGGCUAACCCAGUCUACGUUAAUAGCCUCCCGGGAAUAUGUGGGAUCAAAAUUCCGUACAAGUACUCCCCAUCUCUCGAUUGUUCCAAGGUAGUUCGUUGA